UUUCAGCUGGUUUAAAUGAGUUUUGAACUCCAACUGGAGGUGAAGCUGCUCUCAGACUUUGCAGGAAUUUGUUGUUGUUUGGGUCAAACCUCACAAACAAACAAACAAACAUCAGCAUGAGCAUCAGAAGAAUAAAUAAAGUCGGUCCAAACCAUUUUCUCCGCUCUCCUCUGCUCCAUUGUUGGCUGCUGCUGCGCGUCGCUCCGCCCCUCCAUGUGUUGGAGUCGGAGUCCGGCGGGAUAAGGAGCACCUCGUCUCCUCCUGCAGCCGAUCAGCUGGACUUGUUCCCAGGGAGGCAGGAGAAGGAGCAAAGCAUCCGGACGGAGGGAGGGAGGGGGACGCAGGGACGGAGCCGAGCACCCCGAGGCAGCAGAGCGCGGCGCGGCGCGGCGCACCAUGUCCUUCAGCCCCAAGCACUCCACCCCCUUCUCAGUCAGCGACAUUUUGAGCCCGAUGGAGGACAGCUACCGGCGCUUUGGAGGGAUGGAGCCCGCUGCGGGGAGCCUCGGGUCCCCGCUGGGCGCCUACCGGCAGCAGCAAGUCUCCCAGCCCGGUAUGCAGCACCAUCAGCACCAACACCACCAGGCGCAGCAGCAGCAUCAGCCGCCUCAUCUCCAUCACCAUCACCACCACCAUCACCAUCACCACCUGUCCUCCUCUUCAUCCUCAUCCUCCUCCUCUUCCUCAGCCUCGGCCACCGCAGCAGCAGCAGCAGCAGCAGCCGCCGCCGCCGCUCUGGGACCCGGCGGAGCCUACCACCACCACCACGUGCCCCACGGGGUGCCGCAGUUCUCCGGCGCCGUCGGAGGGUUCUGCAACGGCGGCAUCGGCAACGUGGGAGAGCUGCCGUCCUACCAGGAGACGGUGAGGGGCGGGGGGGCGGCAGCGGCGUGGUACAGCAACCCCGAGCCCAGAUACCCCACAAUUUCCAGAUUCAUGGGCCCGUCCGGCGGGAUGAACAUGUCCGGGAUGGUGGGCGGCCUGGCCGGGAUGGACUCCAGCGCCAAGUCCGUGGUGACGCUGCACGCCGCGCCGCGGAGGAAGCGGCGGGUUCUCUUCUCUCAGGCGCAGGUCUACGAGCUGGAGCGGCGCUUCAAGCAGCAGAAAUACCUGUCGGCCCCGGAGCGGGAACACCUGGCCGGGCUGAUCCACCUCACCCCCAACCAGGUGAAGAUCUGGUUCCAGAACCACCGCUACAAGCUGAAGCGGCAGGCCAAGGACAAGGCCGGGCAGGACGGCGGAGCAGCAGGAGCAGGAGGAGGAGGAGGAGGAGGUCUGUGCGCUACGACGCACCGCUCCUCCUCCGUGUCCCCGGUUCUCUCCAAGAAAGGCUGCCGGAACGACUCCAGCGGCUCCAACCAGGCCGGGAACCGACAGAGCGGCUCCGGGGAGGCCAUGACGGCGACCCCGCAGCAGCAGCAGCAGCAGCAGCAGCAGGUGAACCAGCUGUCCUCCACGGAGGAGCUGGAGGAUUUGUCCCCGAGUCCGCCGAUGGGACUGCACGGUCAGAUCAACAUGACGCAGACGGACGCGGCGCUAAUCGAGUACACAAACAGCAUGAUCGGCUCCAAUUUACUGUACGGGAGGACUUGGUAGGGACCCCGGGGGGAGCACGGACUGGUAGCGGGCCUGGGGGGCGUCAUACCCGGUUGGAUUUUUUUUUUUGUGUGCCGGCUGGAGGACAAAAACAAAAAGCGCCAGACUUUUUAUUAUUAAUUUCCCUUCCUUCCUUCCGUGCGUAAAGUUCUGGUUCCUUUUACGCACACAGGGACUCAAGAGACACUCGGUGGUUUUGAGCAAUAAGGUGCAAAAAAUAAACUGUAAAUUAGAGCCUCGUCUGAAUGUGAAUAAUGUAUUUUCUCCCUCUUUAAAACUGAACAUUUGUUACGUCUUUUUUUUUUUUUUGGUUGUUAAUUUUUUUGCUGCUGCGUUUAAACCAUAAAAUCUCAUUUGAGGGGAUUCAGGUUGAAGCACGCGCUCUGUGCUUCCCAUUCAUUACAAGACAAAUUAAAUUAUUGCAGGUUUAUAUAUGAAGUUAGUACAAAGUGAAGCAAUAGAAGCCGGGUUGGAAAAUAAAUGCAUAAUAAUAAUAAUAAUAAUAAUGAUAAUGAUGAUAAUAAAACAGCCGCUUCUCGGUUCGGAAUUAAACGAAUUGAGAAUAUUUUCAUUUGGAGCAAAUCAGAAAAUAUUCUUUGUCACAGUUUGUUUCCAGGAUUAAAUAAAUUAUAUUUUCAUUUUGGACAUUUUCUGUUUGUUUUCAAAUGCCUGAAGCAAAAAACAAAUAUUUUUUUAAAAUGAAUUUGGAGCAAAAACAACAAAUAUAAUUUAAAGUCGCGGUAAAUAAACGGAAUGUUGAUAUAAACGCUGUUUUUUUGCGCCACUUUGACGCUUAAAUUUACCGGAAUAAUCACCAGAAAAUGCUUCAGGUUAUUACAUUUAAAUCUAAAAUAUCACUUGUUUUUUUGUUUAAAGAGUUUUAGAUUGCAGUGGGAGUUUUUACGAAAGAAAGAAGUGGUUUUUAAGUGUUUUUUCCCUUUAUAAUUUAACUGAAUUAUAAAAAAAGAUCCUUUAUAGAGAAUUCCUGUCAGACAAAUACAAUCCCAACAUGUUAAUCUUUUGAUUUCACAUGUUUUUUUGUUGUUUUUUUAAACACAUGGACCACUUUGUCUCAUAAAUAAACACAGCGGACACUUUGA